UGUUGAGUAGCGACUUCUUAUCACUUCGAUUUUAUUUGCAUCAAUUUUGCAAUAAUUGGUUAAUUUCGUUGUUAAUUAAUCCGUGUCUUUUAAAGAUAAAUUAUUAAUAUAAAGAUAUUCGAAUUCACUCUACUAGUUUAUGAUGUCAAAAUACACUGGACGUUUUAAACCAGAUCAUGUACCAGUUGAUGUCAAAGGUUAUCGAUAUCACAUUCCGAAACCAGCGGAAUUGUCAGGAUGGAAAUUCGGUGCUUUUGUAGCCGGUAUUGUUGGUUUUAUCGGUUUAAUGAUGUGGCCAAUAGUUAUAGAUCCAAUUCUACACAUCGACAAGUACAAAAGAAUUCACGAAGAGGUGCAAGCAGAUUUAUUCCAAUCUGGGCUUCUUCCUGGUCAAUUGAGGAAAUGGGAAGAUCCUUGGAAAAAACGCUCGACUGAUCAAUGAUCACAAGUUUUAAUCGAGUGAUGUUUACUGUAGAAAAUAAUACUUCAAAUAAUGUAUCUCGUCGCGCACCUACGCCUGAGUACCAUUUGUAAAUAAAUAACGUAUGUAUGUUUUUAUAAAUAAAUAUGUUAGUGAUUGUUGAACA